GACGAGAACUUGCGAUCAAAGAUCAGCUGGAAUGGAGGUCAUCGACACUAUAAGUGGCGUAUCCGGGAACUAAUCUAGGGAAAAAAUGGCGUUGAAAGUGUACUAUGAUUUGAUGUCUCGGCCUUCGAGGGCUGUUUAUAUGUUUCUGAAGUUAAACAAGAUACCGUCUGAAGAUAAAGUACUUGCGUUACGAAAAGGAGAACAAUUCUCUGAGGAAUAUGCAAGAAUCAACCCCUUCAAGCUGGUGCCAGUUAUUGAUGAUAAUGGAUUUGUUUUGACAGAGAGUGUGGCCAUUCUGAAGUACCUUUCCUGUAAAUACAACGUUCCUGAUCACUGGUACCCACGCACUGACCUCCGAGCCCAGGCAAAGAUUGAUGAAUACUGCAACUGGCAGCACCAGAACACAAGAGGCAGUGCUGCCAUGCUCUUCCGAGAACUUCUAAAAAUCCACAGGGCAAAGAAUCAACCAAUUGACAUGGGUAAGGUGGAGAAAUAUCGCAAACUGGUUCGUCAAUCUGUCACCGAUAUUGAAACACAUUUCCUCAAGUCACAGCCAUUCCUCUGUGGGAAUGACAUCUCUAUAGCGGACAUACUAGGAGCUUGUGACCUCAUACAGCUGUACGCUGUACAAGAGGAGAACCUGUAUGAGAGCAGCCCCACCGUGCAAGCUUGGAUGCAGCGAGUGCGAGAGCGGCAUCAGUCUGUGUUUGACGAGUCCUCCAAGAUGGUGUAUCGAGCCCAUGAUGUGACCAAGUCCUCACUCGGAUCUAAUCUUUGAAGACAUGACCCAGAGGUGACAAUAAUCAGAAUGUGUUGUGCUUCGACUCAUAUGGCAGUAAACAAACGUGAAACUGUAACACAGCCUGUGUUGCCAGGGGCUGUCGUUAAUAACAUAGUGCACUCAUGAUUCAAGUGAAUUGAGUAAAUGAUCGUUUGAUUAUAUAUUGCUUGUCCACAGAAAUAUAUUAUCUGUGUUUCAUCAUGACAGUUGAAUGUCAGUUAUUCAAUAUGUGACACUACUGUGAUAAAGAAGUGUAUGACCAAUAAAUUGACAUACCUCAAA